AAGCUGUCUGUUUUACUCAGCUCCAUCAGCUGAUGCUCCAGUUCAGGAGAAUGGAGAGGCCAAUGGAGAGGUGAAGGAGCCUGCUGAUCCUUUAGUCCCAAAGAAGUGUGAUGUCAUUGUGCUCUCUGGCCGCAAAGAGAGAUGUGAAGCUGCUGUUGAAGCGCUAAAGGAUUUGGUUCCUGUAACCAUUGCGGUGGAAGUGCCUUUUGAGCUUCAUCGCUACAUCAUUGGUCAGAAAGGAAGUGGAAUCCGCAAGAUGAUGGAUGAGUUUGAGGUUAAUAUUCAAGUGCCUGCUCAUGAGUUACAGUCUGACAUUAUCUCCGUUACUGGCCUGGCCUCCCACCUUGACCGCGCUAAAGAGGGUCUUCUUGAGCGUGUCAAAGAGUUACAGGCUGAACAGGAGGAUCGGGCUCUCAGGAGCUUCAAGCUGACCAUCACUGUGGAUCCCAAGUAUCACCCCAAGAUCAUUGGACGCAAGGGUGCCAUAAUCACCCAAAUCCGCAAUGAGCAUGAGGUCAACAUUCAGUUUCCAGAGAAAAAUGAUGAGAACCAGGAUCAGAUUACCAUUACUGGCUAUGAGCAGAAUGCUGUGGCGGCACGCGAUGCUAUUCAGGCUAUAGUGCAUGAACUGGAAGAAAUGAUCUCUGAGGACAUCACCCUGGACAGCAGAGUCCAUGCUCGCAUAAUAGGGGCACGUGGCAAGGGAAUUCGCAAAAUCAUGGAUGAGUUUAAGGUUGAUGUUCGAUUCCCUCAGAGUGGAGCUGCAGAUCCCAAUUUAGUGACUGUGACUGGCCGUCCAGAACAGGUUGACGAAGCCAUUGAUCACCUUCUAAACCUGGAGGAGGAAUAUAUGGGUGACAUGGUUGAAAAUGAAGCCAAAAUGGCCUAUAUGAAGCCUUCUGGUUCCACUGCCUCCGGCAUGGAAGAACCACGAGGCCCAUCCAAGGGCUUUGUUGUGCGGGAGGCUCCUUGGGCCAUUGGCAAUGAAAAGGCCCCCGAUAUGAGCAGUUCUGAGGAAUUCCCCAGUUUUGGUGCACCUGUGACUAAUGCGAGAUCAUCUCCAUGGGGACCCAAACGUUUUUGAAAUGUGUGUCCUUCAAUGGUUAUAUUGCAACCCCAGGUUCCCCCUUACUAUAAUCCCUCAUUUGACCCAUUUGGAUGUGGAUGGACCACUUACCCUGACCCCUAAUAUAUCAGCACAUUUCCUCUGCUCAAAUUACUUCUGCUAAUAAGGGUCUUGAUGAUUCUCUCAGUGGCCCUUAUAAAGGUUCAGUGACCCUUUUACAAGGUUCACCUGAAUUGGUAUGAAGUGAUUCAACAUGUUUGCAUUUUCAGAGAGAAUCACAAAUUGAAGGAAAACAAAAGUAGUCCUGGCCAUGCUUCAGGUCUGCAACGAUCCAGGUUUAAUUUUUGAUAUGAUGCCAUUAAAAAAACAUUUCAUUACAAGGUUAUUUCUUGGGUUUAUUAAGCUGCUCUGUCUCAUAGAUGCCUUUGCAAUGGGGUUUGGGGAAAAAUAUACUGUAUACCUCUGAAAGAUAUUGCUACUGGUUGAAGUCAGAUUCAUUCAUAGGAAAUGGGUAACCAGCUGUACUUCUGUCUAGUUCCCUAGGGUAGCCGUUUUGUUGCAGACAUUUCACUUCUCAUUCCCCAUUCCUAAUUUCCUAACGCUGGGAAGUGAUGCAGCCUUUACAGCUUUCCAACUUAAAGAGGGACUCUUUAUUACAGAAGUAUUUUCAAACUGCCAUUUGCUUUGGACGUCCCAGGGAUGUAGUCACUCAUCAAGUAGAAGUCCCAAGGUUACCAAAGUCUCUAAAACGUACACUAACCUGCUUAUCCUUUUUUCAUUUUGUUUUUGAUAUUUACAAAUCAUGUUUAUUAAAGCGUAUAAUAUUUGGAAGGAUGAAAAAAGACCCAUUUUGUGCCAAUGAAAUGUCAUGUGUUACUCAUUCUUGCUAAUGGGUCAGUGUCCAGCCCCUUUUUGUCUUCCAGUUGCUAUGCAGGUUUGCCUGAAUCCAUAGCAAUGGCCCUCUUAAAAGCCUUAUAAGAAUUAUGCAAAAAUGACAAAGGAAACGAUAAUGGAUAACACUGGAAAAUAAACAGUCCAAAAAGCAAAAUAAAAAUUGAAAAUGUAUCUGCA